UUUAGCGUAAAGUCGUUCAAUUCAUAAAGAAAUACUACUUCAUUCAUUCGCUUCGCUGAUGAAAUGGCCAGCGAGUUCGGAGGUGAUUAUUCAUAAUUGUGAAAAUAAUGGCUUAUUACUAUUUAUUAGCAAAGUUUAAUUAACAAAACAGUAUGUGACAUGAACCUUGUGCAAUACGGAGUGUUUAUUUUGUGCUAAUUUUUACAUUUGAUUUGAAGAUUUGUGUUUUGAAUACGUUUAUUUUACAAACAAGGAAAUUCUUUCAUCGGUAAACCGACGCCAACCAAACAUAAGACUGACAUAGAGCUAUGUAGAAUAAAUUUACGCGAUCAAACUAUCUACAUUCCAAUAGUAUGCCCCUUUGACACGCGGCAUGCGCUGCCCACCAUUUUGAAAUCAGAACGCAAGACAAGAUGGCGACGCCGGCCAUACGAUCGGUGGUCGAGGAGAAGGAGGGAGACGAAGCAGAAGAGAAACUUCUGGAAGAAAACAAAGUUUUAAUCGUCCCAGCUGCUAGAGAAGAAGAGGGAUUAUUAUCUGUGAAAUCAUCUAAGAAAGUUAAAUUACCAGAAGAUGAAGCGCCAGCGGUGGGCGCGGGCCGGUUCACCAUCGGACCGGCGCCUGCGCACGACUGGGAGAUGGUGCCGCCCGACGGCCAGUGGGGAUGGUGCGUGCUCGUAGGAGCGACCCUGGUCAACAUCCUGAUUCCUGGCACGAUCAAGUCAUUCGGAGUUCUCCUCGUGGAGUUCUACGACGUGUUUGAGACCACCCCGUCUGCUUCCUCGGGGAUCGUGGCUUUGUGUUACUUCUUAUACAGCAGUUUGGGCCCUAUAUCAUCAAUCCUCUCCGUUAAAUGGUCGUAUCGCACUGUGACGCUGAUAGGCGGCAGUUUCGCCGCGUUCGGAAUGAUAGCGAGCAGUUUCGCUUUUUGCAUCACCUUUUUGUAUUUUAGUUUCGGCGCAAUGGUCGGCACGGGGGCGGGUCUAGCUUUUCCUCCCACUGUUUACAUUGUGACGUCAUACUUCGUUCGCCUCCGAGGACUGGCCAAUGGCAUCUGCAUGUCUGGAUCUGCCUUUGGGAGCAUCAUACUGCCGCCAGUGCUCAGAUAUCUGUUGGGAACCUAUGGAUACAAAGGCGCAGUACUGAUCCUCGGAGGUAUAAUGCUGAACGUGUGGGCCGCCGCUUUACUGUUUCAACCAGUUGAAGAACAUAUGGUGAAGAAGUAUAAGGAGCCGGAAGACGAGGAAGACGGGCCACAGGACGACAUCCUUUUUGAAGAAGAUGAACCUAUAGAAGCGUACAAUAUGAAUAACAUGGCGAGCAUCCAAGAAGGCGUGGCGAACGGCCAAACCAAAGACAACCAUCCAUCCUCAAUACAUAACAGCCAAAAUUGCAUGGCAUCCGUUCCAUCACAGAAUCAACUAAAGCAUAACUUGUCUAAACGUAAAUUGUCUUACUCGAAACCUAAAACCACGAAUAGUUCUAUAACGUUAGACGGGUUCGCCGACGCCAAGAAGUUGGGGUCACAAGAAGCGUUUACAAGACGAUUAAGCACGGCUGGGCCUAAAAGGAAUUACAGUACUUCGUCAUUCGCAUACGUUUCUACCCCAUUCCACGGCUCCACUUUGUCGGCGUUCGAGAAACCCAACGAAUUCGCCUCACAAUUUUCUCUUAAAUCUAUAACGGACUCCGUCGCCGAUGUUGCCUACUGCUGUUUCUGUUGUAAAAAGAAAAAAGAUAAAGAGCCCAACAAAUUCUUUGACAUUAGCCUCUUGACUGAUCCAACGUAUUUAGUUAUCCUAAUAUCGAGCAGUACCGUCGCGAUUUCGUGUACGAAUUUCAUAAUUUUACUGCCGUCACAUGCGCAAGAAAUAGGCUUCGAUAAAUCUCAAGGCGCGUAUUUGCUUAGUACUGUGUCCGCGUUGGAUUUAGUCGGCCGUAUAGGCGGUUCGGCAUUAUCCGAUUUGAAUUUUAUGCCGAAAACUUUUUACUUCGUCGGCGGGUUAUUUUUCUCAGGGAUCGCGUUAGGAGUGUUACCAUUUUUGAAAUCCUAUAUAGGUAUAAGUGUAUGCUGCGGUUUUUUCGGUUUGGCGUCUGGAAUCAACAAUGGAGUGACGACUUUAGUCAUGGCGGAGAUUUUAGGCGUCGAGAGGCUUAUGUCAACGUAUGGUAUAAGUCUUUUUGUGAACGGUUUAUUGCAGUUAGUAGGGCCACCUAUUUGUGGCUUGUGGUUUGAAAGAGAAAAAAAUUAUACGAGUAUGUUUGUAACAUUUGGUAUGAUUUUCGUGGGCGGUGCAGCCCUGUGGUUGUUCAUGCCGAUUAUUAAUUGGAGGAAGAGACUCGAGCCAUUUGUCGAAGAAGAGCCCGGCGAUAUGGAGGAGACAAACCCUAAAAUGGUCCUCACACCAGAGGACGCCACCCCCACCCUGGAGAAACACCCCAACGGCUCGCCCCCCAUUUUCAAAAACCGCUCCAACGCUAACCUGGGCGAGAAGUCUUCACCCAGCCGAAACGAGAACUUCGUGAGAUCCGCCAGUGCUGCGCUAGUGACGCGGGUCGAUGUCGAUAGAACCAGAAAAAUAUCGACACCCGCGUCGUCGAGGCACGGCUUGCAGCAGAUCGCGAGUAAAAACCACCUCCCCAGCAACCCGUCUCUGUUAGAAUCCGUCCCUGAAGGCAAACGUAGCCGCGUCAAUUCCCAGGAAGCGUUCGGUAAAAAAUUGACAGUGCCAAAAACACCAAAACGGAGUCCUUCGACGUCAUCUUUCCAGUACAUGUCCACGCCUUUCCACGGUUCAACUUUGUCAGCUUUCGAAAAACCCAGCGAAUUCGCGUCCCAGUUUAGUUUGAAAUCAGUAACGGACAGCUUGGCGCCGAUAACUUACUGCUGCGGUUUCAGGAAGAAACGCAAGGACGACGCCAAAAAGGAACCAAGCAAAUAUUUUGAUGUCCAACUAUUGAAAGACCCGAUUUAUUUAGUUAUAUUAAUAUCGAACUGUACUUGUGCGAUAUCCUAUACAAACUUCAUUAUUUUAGUACCGUCGUACGCGCAAGAAUGUGGUUUCGACAAAUCGUCCGGGGCGUAUCUUUUAUCGAUAAUAUCUGCUCUCGAUUUAGUCGGUAGGAUAGGUGGGUCGGCACUUUCAGAUGUAGUCGUCACGCCGAAGCGAUAUUUCUUCAUUUUCGGCCUGUUACUUUCCGGUAUCAGUCUGGCGUUAAUACCCUCCGUGUCGAGUUAUUUGGCGAUAAGUAUUUUUUGUUCGAUAUUCGGUAUCGCGUCCGGAAUAAACGUGGGUGUCACAGCACUAGUGAUGACCGAAAUGUUAGGUACGGAGAGACUUAUGUCUUCUUACGGUAUAAGUUUAUUUGUGAACGGUAUUUUACAGUUGAUCGGGCCGCCUAUAUGCGGAUUCUGGUUUGAGCAUACAAAUUCAUAUAAGUCUUUAUUCGUAACACUCGGCUUUAUAUUAAUUGGUGGUGCAGCACUAUGGGCCUGGGUGCCUUUAAUACAUUGGAGAAGAAGAAGGAAUAGGGAGGGAGUGGAGCAAAAUUUGCAAAAAGCGUAAACUUAAGUUAUAACAGUUAAUGGUACUUAAUGUGAAAACGGUUGGCUGAAUGCUAUGCUUACCUGCUACUCGAAUAUAAAUAUUUAAUUGUCCCGAUUAUUCAUUUCAAUGCAACUUCAAUCUAAGGCUAUUUUUACAAUUGUAUUGAAAACUAUGCAGAAAUUUAAUUAUUAGCUAUUAGUUUUAAAAAUACGAACAAAUAUUUGAAUCAGAAAAUAGUGAAGUGACCCCAAUAAUAUUAAAAGAUUAUUACUUAUUACUUGCACUUGAAAAUUUCAUAUACAAAUAAUUUAAUUUCAUUUUCUAAACAAAAAUAUCCGCAAAUAUAAAUACUGCAUUUUCUACAUUUCUUUUUAAAAAAAUUGUCAUUAAUAACACAAUACUGAACGUAUAAAAAAAUUGUUAUUACGCGUAAAUACUAAUUUCUAAUGAUGACACAAAAAAAAUAACAACUAAAAUUCAAUUAUAAAAAGUGCCACAGGACAAUAUUGCAAUCAAUUAAAUUGACAAUAUUAUUACAAUUUAAUUGAAUUAAUUAUAGACCGUUUUGUAUAAAUCAUAUAAAUAUAAAUCAUAAUUUUAAUUAUGCCUUUUUACAUUUAACAUAAUUUAUAAUUAUAAUAUUUUAUCUAAAUUAACUUGGUUUUAAUCUUGCUAAGGCAGGUCUUAGCAAAGGAUUUGCACCUAUAUUACAUACCAUGAAAUAAUGUUGUGUUUUUUAUACUUACCAAGUAUUUUUUACUUUUGCAAAUUAUAAACAGAGUUUUAGUUAAAGAAAACAAAGGUGACAAAACUCUUGAUUUCUAAAUUCUGUAAAAAAAGGCCACUGAAAAAAAUCUUAAUUUCAAUAGGUUUGGUAGAAUUAUGUUAGAGUUAGAAAUUAAAUGUCGAUAAAGCAAAAGAUGUGUGCAAGGUUUGUGGCAAGUGGACAGAUGUAGUCUCUGCCUAUCCUUCCGGAAAAAAAAACGUGAUUAAUAUGUGUAGAAAUUGAAUAAGGAAAUCUUUUCUGUACGUUUUUACAAUUGGGAAAAAUCAGACAAGUUGAGCUAGCCCCAAAAUAAGUUCCGAGACUUGUACUAAUUGAAAAAUGCUAUAUUUUUAUUAUAAAUACCAACUGAUAUAGAUAGAUCUAGGCCAAAAAAUACUAGGUACUUUUAUUAUGAAGGAGUUCGAACCCAGGAUUUCAGAUUUAAAGUCACCAGUCCACGAACGAAGUCGUUGAAAAAAAAGAAGGAAAUGCUUAGACUUUGUGCUCGAAAUUCUUGAUAAAAAUAACAAAAUAUAAAUCUCAACACUAUAUUUUCUUUUU